AUGUCAGCUAGAGAGAUAUAUGAGCCUACGACGGAUGCGGAGGAUGCGAUGUAUGGACCCUUCUUCGGUACACUUGGAGUAUCCGCUGCAAUGAUGUUUACGGCAGCUGGAUCAGCUUGUGGUACUGCGAAAUCAGGAACGGGUAUUGCUUCCAUGGCUGUUACACGCCCUGAUCUUGUCAUGAAAGCCAUCAUACCUGUUGUAAUGGCUGGUAUUGUUGCAAUUUAUGGAUUGGUGGUCGCUGUAAUAUAUGCUGGUCGCGUAACAUCAUCCGCUGAUGGCUUUAAAAUCGAUCAAGGAUUUAGUAUGUUUGCUGGAGGUCUAGUAUGUGGUUUAUGUGGUUGCAGCGCUGGUUACGCUAUUGGAGUUGCCGGUGACGCUGGUGUUCGAGCGUUAUCGCAACAACCGCGUUUCUUCAUAGGAAUGAUUUUAAUUCUUAUCUUCGCUGAAGUGCUUGGUCUCUACGGCAUGAUUGUUGCUCUGAUCCUGGGAGCAACAUAA